GACGUCAUGACGCAAGCUUUCGGCUGUCGCUAUGUCCUUUUAUCUUUCAUGAAAUUGUUGGGGUGAGAAUAUUUGCUGAUUGGAACCAGACGCAUGCUGUCAGCUAACACCAGAUCCCAAUAUGAAUCUUCUGUGUCGGAUUUUCCACAGAGGACUGUUGUAUGGACUGAAUCAUUCUGUCACUGGACCUCGGGGUUUCUGUUGUGGCGUUUCUCGAAAGGAUAGUGCAUGGCUGGACAGUGCGGGUUCCAGCCCAGUAAAUCUGACGUAUGAUGUAUUUGACGGGAAAGGGACAGAUAGUCCCCUGGUAUUCCUCCACGGUUUGUUCGGCAGUAAAUCCAACUUCCACUCCAUAGCCAAGUCGCUGGUGCAGAGAACAGGGAGAAAGGUGCUGACUGUAGAUGCUCGUAACCAUGGACACAGUACACAUAGCCCUGUUUUGACCUAUGAAGCAAUGACCAAUGACCUUCUGCAGCUCCUUGGCCAGCUGCACAUCGGAAAAUGUAUUCUGAUUGGCCAUAGCAUGGGAGGCAAGGUGGCCAUGUCCACAGCUCUGAUGCAGCCAAGUCUGGUGGAGCGACUUGUCGUGGUGGACAUCACUCCAGCUCAGUCCACAACACGAACCAACUUCCACGCCUACAUCCAGGCCAUGAAGCAAAUGAAGAUAGCCAGUGAUAUCCCCCGCUCUACAGCACGCAGGCUGGCCGAAGACCAGCUCCGCAAUCUCAUCAAGGAACGUUCUGUCAGACAGUUUCUCUUGACAAACUUUGUGGAAGAAAACGGUCACUACACUUGGAGAGUGAACUUGGAGGCCAUUUCUAAGCAUCUGGAGGACCUCAUGAGUUUCCCCAAUUUUGAUACAACAUAUGAAGGACCAACGCUUUUUCUUGGUGGAAGCAACUCUGCUUACAUCAGCUCUGAGGAUUACCCUGAGAUCCAGCGUCUGUUUCCCGCUGCUGACAUCCAGUACAUCCAUGAUGCCAGCCAUUGGAUCCACGCAGACAAGCCUUUAGACUUCAUCAGCUCCAUUAUUUCCUUCCUGCAGUCUUAGCCAUGUGUGUAGGGCACGACCUGGGACAGCCGGAAAGGAAGCUGGACCAAACAAACCUACGAACACAGUCCAACUUAAUCCUCUAGGCCUCUGCUCAUAGGAGGAGACCAUAUAGCACAUGUUUAAUGUAUUUAGCCCAUGUUCUGUGUUUGUCAAGGUUAGGUGUUCUAAUCCAAAGAUAACUUCACACAAAUAUAUAUUUAUGUAUAUUUUAAUGGAGAUGGUUUGGACUAAGGUGUCAGGAAGCUACUGCAGUCCAGGUAGGGAACUCUAGCUGUGCCAUCUUGCUAUGAAUCCUGUACAUACAGUAGGGUAUUGCAGGAUACUGCCCGCAUUGCCUCUGCAUUCCAUUUAUUGGAGGUAGUUCAUAAGGAUAAUGCAACCUAUGCAACAUAGAGGUUGAACUUGUUGUGCUUUGUGGUGUUUUAAUAGUCUAAAUAGGCUCUAUAUACAUAUUUUUACUAUCACUAAGAGUAGCGUGAAUUUGAUUCUCCCAAGUAUGUGAUAGCUGCACUUUGGUUGACACAACCCGUGUUCAGUUUUAUCUUUCUACAAAUACCUGUGUUCUACAAACAGAUAAAAGUGGUAGUAUCUUUGGAGACGGCUUAUAUUCAGUACACGUUGUACAUAUACUGUGUCAUUAUUCAAAUGUAUAGCUACUAUGAGAACUUGUCGGGGGGGGGGGCUGGCUAUUGAAACAAUCUUUUGUCGCUGACUAUCAGUUGUUUAAAUGUUGUUUGCUAUUCAUCUUAUUUAGGUGAUGAUGCAAAGUUAUAAAGUUAUUAACUGUUCUAACCUUACACUGAGUACAAUUUUGCGUAUUGACUUGAAAAUGCUUGCUGCCAUACUGUUUCCGUCUUAUGAGACUGGUCUUUUGUCUGGUCAGUCCCUCAGUUACAGUAUGGGAAACCAAGUUAAAUGAUAGUUCCAGUGUUCUGUGUUUUGUUUAUGAUUGGUUAUGGAGUCGCCUUUGUGCCUACAGUAUAAUCUGAAAGAUUUCAGGCAAUAGGUAUACCUGCGCUUGUAUUCAUCAAGCAUGUCAUAGUAGGGCCAUUGACUUGGGGUCAGUUUUCCCCUGUCACAAAAUUAUCCGUUAUGCUAAAAGGCAAAAAUGAUCCCUAGAUCUGGGUUUGCCAGCACAAGCUAUGUGCAACACCUUAUGGAUUUUGCCUCACCUUGUGUUGCACAAGGCAGAGUUCAGUCAUGUAGAAGAUGUCAGCUAUUGGACAGAAUGUACACAAGGAACUCAAUGUGAUAUGUGUGUAUGUGUAUAAAUAUGACUUUACUCAACAGUAUAAACAAUGCCAAUUUCCUUUUCUUCAAACACAUCAUACACAGCGGUUUCUGAAAGCAUGCCUUGUCAUUCUUGUAGGGUUCAGGUUCACAUUGUCAUUAAAUAUUGUAUUAUGCA